AUGGAUUGGUUAUAUCAGUAUUUCGCCAGCAUUAAUUGUUGUAGUCGGAUUGUUAGUUUCCAACUACCUGGGGGAAAGUAUUUAGAGUUUGCAGGAAGGAAGAUAAAGGCGAAACCUGCAGUUAUAUCUGCCAUUCAAGCAAGCAGGGACUUAGCAAAUGGGGCAGAUGCCUUCUUGGUUCAUGUGGUGUCUACAUUUUCGAAGAAGAAAUCUUUAGCAGAUAUUUCGAUUGUGAGGGAGUUCUCUGAUGUGUUUGUAGAUGAUUUGCCUGGCUUACCACCUGUUUGUGAUUUGGAGUUCGCCAUUGAUCUAGAAUCCGGUGCGGCACCAGUUCAUAAGGCCCCGUAUCGAAUGGCGCCAGCGGAAUUAAAAGAGCUGAAAAGUCAAUUGCAGGAACUGGUUGAUAAGGGGUUUAUUCAGCCUAAUUAUCGAGAGCUCAAUAAAGUAACCAUUAAGAAUAAGUAUCCCCUACCUCAAAUUGAUGAUUUAUUCGAUCAACUUCAAGGUGCUACUACUUUUUCAAAAAUUGAUUUAAAAUCGGGAUACUAUCAAUUGAGGAUAAAGGAUCAGGAUAUACCUAAGACUGCAUUUAGGUCUAGGUAUGGGCAUUAUGAGUUUAAAGUGAUGCCGUUUGGAUUAGCCAAUGCCCCUGCAGCAUUUGUGGAUAUGAUGAAUAGAGUAUUCCGACCCUAUCUAGAUUCCUUUGUGAUAGUUUUUAUUGAUGAUAUUUUGGUUUAUUCUCGAGAACCGGAAGAGCACACUAGUCAUCUUCGAUUGGUUUUGGGUAAGUUAAGAGAUCAUCAACUCUUUGCAAAUCUGAACAAGUGUGAAUUUUGGUUGGAGGAGAUUAAAUUUCUUGGUCAUGUUAUGUCCCGUGAUGGAGUAGCAGUUGAUCCAAGUAAGGUUUGUAGAAGGCUUUGCUCGAUUGUCUGGACCUCUCACUACUCUUACCAGGAAAAAUGUGGAGUUUGUUUGGUCCGACAAAUGCGAGAAGAGUUUUUAGGAGUUGAAGAAGAGGAGGAAAGAGUUGUGGGGUAUCCAUCCCGCCAACUGAAGGAUCAUGAGAAGAAUUAUCCCACAUACGACUUGGAGUUAGCAGCUGUGGUUUUCGCUCUCAAAAUUUGGCGGUACUAUUUAUAUGGAAAAGCAAAUCUGGUUACAGAUGCACUAAGUCGGAAGUCUUAUUCAGUUGAUAAGGCUGAGUUAUCAGGGUUAGACUCUCUCCUUUCUGAAAUAAGGAGACUUCUUGCUGCGAGUUCACAGCAGGAAGAGGUGUUGAAUUCAAUUCAUGAUAUCCGAGUUCUUGAUUUUGAGGAGUUGAAGACUUUGCAGGAAAAUGACUCUAAGUUGUUAGAUAUUAAAGAAAGAGUUAAAGCUGAGCAUCAGAGGCCCGCUAGCUAUCUUCGACCACUCCCUAUUCCUGAGUGGAAAUGGGACGACAUCGCAAUGGAUUUUGUAAUUAGUCUACAAAGGACGCCUAGUGGGAAGAAUUCAAUCUGGGAAAUUGUGCGUCUUCAUGGAAUACCCAAGAGUAUAGUGUCAGAUAGGGACCCACGAUUCACGUCUCUCUUUUGGAAAAGUUUGCAGACAGCUUUGGGCACCAAGUUGAAAUUCAGCAGUGCUUAUCAUCCUCAAACUGACGGCCAAUCAGAACGCACUAUUCAGACCCUUAAGGAUAUGGAACCUACUUGGACCAAAGAUUAUUCAGGACCUGAGGAAUCAGGUUCGAGUUAUAAGAGACAAGAUGGCAGCUACGCAGAGUCGUCAGAAAAGCUGUUCGGACACGAGGAAGAUGAUUGGAUGUACCUCAAAGUUUCUCCAAUGAAAGACGUUAAGCGUUUUGGUAAAAAAGGGAAACUUAGUCCGAGGUAUGUUAGCCCUUUUCAGAUUCUGGAGAAGGUUGAACCAAUUGCUUAUCGUAUUGCCUUGCCAGAAUAUUUUGGAGAGAUUCAUGAUGUUUUCCACGUGUCGUCAUUGAAGAAGAGCUUUGGUCAGCAGGAGCCACGUUUCGUUGAUUCAGGGAGCAUUCAACUCCGGCCUGAUCUCACGUAUGAAGUUGUUCCAACUUGGAUCUUGGACAGAAAGGAGCAACAAUUGAGAUCCAAGUCGAUACCUCUAGUUUUGGUAUCUUGGGGAGAUCCUUUAGCUCAGGAUUUUUCGUGGGAGAGAGAAGCAGACAUGAGAAAGUUCUACCCUUACUUGUUCGGGUAUGAUGGUAAGGUUUCUAGUGUGGAGUCGGUUUGGCAUGUUAUCAUUUUUUGGCUUCGCAGGAUUAUGCAUUUGAUUAUGCAAGUCUCUAAGAUUUCUAAUCAGGAUGUGGCUAUCUUAAAUAAAUUGGAGAUCCCGAUAUUAGCCCCUAAACCUAAGCAGGUGCGUGUGGAGAGAUGGUCUAGACCACAAGAUGGUUGGGUGAAAUUGAAUACAGAUGGUAGUAGUUUAGGUAAUCCUGGGCUGGCUGGUGCCGGAGGUGUUCUUCAUGACCAUAAUGAAAUGCACAGUGUUUUGGAGGGGAUUCGUAGGUGUUAUCAUCUUGGGUUUUCUCAUGUUGAGAUUGAGACAGAUUCUCAGCUGCUUGUCAAUUGGAUUAUUAAAGGGACUUACAAUAUCUGGUAUCUUGAGGAUUAUUGGGAUGAAUUACAUGACUACAUCAGACGCAUGGAAUAUCGUAUUCAUUAUAUUUUUCAUGAAGGUAAUGAUGUGGCUGAUUUUCUUGUUAAGAAGGGUGCUGGAGGUUUAAACAUGAAUUGGGUGGAUGAUAGCAAUAUGCCGACCCAGUUAAGAGGGAUUCUUCGCACGGACAGGAUUAAGCUUCAUUAUCUUCGCAUCUCGUAA